CAUGGGAGACGUUUGGUAGCCGAAGACGUUGAUGGUUCCAGUCUGUCAACAAAAGCAGUAAAACUUCGUCUGUGAACCGUUUUGAAACGCUGUAUCCAUCGUUACUUCUUAUAACAUAAGAGUGGCUUUACUAUGUACAGUUAGAAAAAACAAAAUGUGUUUCCUUUUGUUUUCGUAGGUAUUUAAAGCUAACCUAGCUAAGCUAACGGUGUGGGCUACAGUAAAAACGACGCAUUCAAACAGGCCACGCGACUAAUUUUAGCUCGUUUUAAGAGUUACAUUUCCUGACCGAGACAUUUAUUGUAUAUUCGUAUGUUAAAGUCAGAGUUAAUAUUAUUCCGCAACCACCAUGUUCAUUUAUCUCAGCAAAAAGAUCGCUAUUCCCAACAACAUUCAUCUGAAAUGCCUGUCCUGGAACAAACACCAAGGGUUCAUUGCAUGUGGCGGAGAAGAUGGUCUGCUCAGAGUGUUGAAGCUUGAAACACAGACAGACGACAAUAGACUGAAAGGUCUUGCUGCCCCCAGCAACCUGUCCAUGAAUCAGACUUUGGAAGGACACAGUGGUGCAGUGCAGGUAGUGACCUGGAAUGAACGGAAUGAAAAAUUGACAACCAGUGACCAGAAUGGACUCAUUAUUGUGUGGAUGCUGUACAAAGGUGCAUGGUACGAGGAGAUGAUUAACAACAGGAACAAAUCAGUAGUGAGGAGCAUGAGCUGGAACGCUGAUGGUCAGAAGAUCUGCAUUGUGUAUGAAGACGGGGCUGUCAUUGUUGGAUCGGUGGAUGGCAACCGGAUCUGGGGAAAGGAGUUAAAAGGGAGUCAACUUGCUCAUGUUGCUUGGUCUCCUGACAGUAAGAUCCUGCUGUUCGGCAUGGCCAACGGCGAAGUACAUAUUUAUGACAAUCAAGGAAACUUCAUCAUGAAAAUGAACAUCAGCUGCCUCGCCGGGGCAACCGGAGCUGUCAGUUUAGCUGGAAUCCACUGGUACGCAGGAGCUGGGGGUUACAGUGAGCCGGACAGUCCGUGCCUCGCCAUCUGUUUCGACAAUGGAAGGUGUCAGAUCAUGCGCUAUGAGAAUGAUGAGAACCCAGUAUUUAUCGACGCUCUGAUGAAUGUUAUCAGUAUCCAGUGGAACCACUGUGGCAGUGUGCUGGCUGUGGCAGGUUCCCUCAGAGCCACAAACGUGGACAAAGAAUUUAAUGUGGUGCAGUUCUACACACCGUUUGGAGAGCAUCUGAGAACUCUGAAAGUAUCCGGGAAGCACUUAUCUGGGAUCUCAUGGGAGGGAGGAGGUCUGCGAAUCGCCCUGGCUGUGGACUCUUACAUCUACUUUGCCAACAUAAGGCCAGAUUACAAAUGGGGCUACUGUUGCAGCACCGUGGUGUACGCCUACACAAAGCCAGAGCGCCAGGAGUACUGUGUAGUUUAUUGGGACACCAAAAACAACGAGAAGUUUGUGAAAUAUGUCAAGAACUUAAUUUCUAUCACUACCUCGGGGGACUUCUGCAUCCUGGCCAGCAAGGCCGAUGAAAAACAACCUCAGGACGAUGUUGGGUCAGAUACCAUGAAUCUUGCGAGGUACGUCCUGAUCCUCUGCAAUUCUAUUGGUACUCCUCUGGACUCCAAAUACAUCGACAUCGAUCCAUUAUUUGUUACCAUGACGAGGACACAUGUCAUUACUGCUUCCAAAGAAGCUUUCUAUCUGUGGCAGUACAGAGUGGCAAAGAAACUGACCGCCCUGGAGAUUAACCAAGUGACCAGAACCAAGAAAGGGGGCAGGGAGAGGUUCUAUCACAUCGACAGCAAUCCAUCUGGAGGCAAUGAUGAUGAUCCAGAUAUUUCAAAUGCCUUUGCAGCAACUCGAGAUCCCAUCUGCUGCAUUACAGCAACAGAUAAAACCCUGAUAGUGGGGCGUGAGUCCGGUAUCAUCCAGAGAUACACCCUUCCAAAUGUAGCCCUCAUCCACAAGUAUUCCUCUAACAGCCGAGCUCAUUAUCUGUCUCUAAACUGCGACUCCAGUCGUCUGGCCAUAAUUGACAUCUCGGGCUUGCUGACUUUGUUGGACUUGGAAGUUCAUCCUCCUGGAAGCGAAGGGACAGGAGACCAGGCCGCUGCAGGAGAUCCGUCUAAGUUUGAGCGUAAAGAUGUCUGGGACUUGAAGUGGGCAAAUGACAAUCCGGAUUUGUUUGCGGUGAUGGAGAAAACCAGGAUGUAUGUGUUCAGGAACCUUGACCCAGAAGAGCCCAUUCAAACCUCUGGGUACAUCUGCAACUUUGAGGAUCUAGAAAUCAAAUCAGUUUUGCUUGAUGAGAUUAUGAAGAAUCCAGAGCGGCCAAACAAAGACAACCUUUUUAACUUUGAAAUCCGCUCCCUGAGAGACAGCAGAGCACUGAUUGAGAAAGUGGGCAUUGAAGACGCUUCACAGUUCAUUGAAGACAAUCCUCACCCAAGACUCUGGCACCUUCUGGCCGAGGCAGCCCUACAAAAGCUGGAUCUGAAGACAGCCGAGGAGGCGUUUGUCCGCUGCAAAGACUACCCGGGCAUUCAGUUUGUCAAGCGCCUGGGCAACCUGCAGAGCGAGCCCAUGAAACAAGCCGAAGUGGCUGCCUACUUCGGCAGAUUUGAGGAAGCUGAGAGCAUGUAUCUGCAUAUGGAUCGGAGGGAUCUCGCCAUCAACCUAAGGAUCAAGCUGGGAGACUGGUUCAAGGUUCUGCAGCUUCUCGACACAGGCUCUGGAUACUCAGAUGACGCUCUGCUUGCUCAAGCCAAUAAUGGCAUUGGAGAUUACUUUGCUGACAGACAGAAGUGGGUGAAGGCAGUCCCAUACUACCUUAAGGGACGUAACCAAGAGAGGCUGGCAGAUUGUUACUACAAGUUGGAGGACUACAACGGCCUUGAGCAGCUAGCUGCAGACCUCCCUGAAAAUCACAAACUAUUACCGGAAAUCGGAGAGAUGUUUGCCACAGUGGGGAUGUGUGAGCAGGCUGUGAAGGCCUACCUCAAGUCCAACCAGCCAAAAGCAGCGGUGGACACAUGCGUCCAUCUGAACCAGUGGAACAAAGCCGUGGAACUGGCAAGAGCUCACAACAUGAAGGAGAUCAAAUCUCUCCUUUCCAAAUAUGCCUCUCAUCUUCUGGAGGAAAAUAAAACUCUGGAAGCAGUGGAACUUUAUCGGAAAGCUCACCACUUUCUUGAUGCAGCCAAACUCAUGUUUAAGAUAGCGGACAAGGAGGCGAAGAAAAUGAGUCGACCUCUGCGGGUGAAGAAGCUUUACGUUCUGGCAGCUCAGCUUGUUGAGGACUACCAUGAGCAGGUGAAGACAUCCCAGCAGAUCAAAGCCAAAGGGAAGAAGUCAGAGGCAACAUUCGCACUUGCUGGCCUUCUGGAAGAAGAUGCGACGUCAUCAGACAACCGCAUCGCUGACAGCGCCUGGCGUGGAGCUGAAGCGUAUCACUUCUUCCUGCUCGCUCAGAGGCAGCUCCAUGCAGGCUACCCAGAGAACGCCACACGCACAGCCCUUCAUCUUCGUGAGUACGAGGACGUCAUCCCCGCAGUUGAGAUCUACUCCCUGUUGGCUCUGUGUUCUGCAGCGAACCGGUCCUUUGGCACCUGCUCAAAGGCCUUCAUCAAGCUGGAAUCUCUGGAGAGCCUCAGCUCUGAGCAGCGGCAGCUCUACGAGGAUUUGGCCCUGCAGAUUUUCACCAAAUAUCCCCCGAAGGACAGCCGCAUGGUGGAGACCCAGCGCUCUUCAGAGGGAGCUGAGGGAAAACUGCCCACAUGCAUCGUGACCGGUCGUCCUAUCCAGGAGUACCAGUUUUGGAUGUGCAGUGUGUGUAAACACUGCGCAUUGGAACAGGAGAUUACUAAAUAUAACUGUUGCCCUCUGUGCCACAGCGCACUAGUGUAAGGAACAAAGUUGUCCGGGAGGACUCUGUUUCAGAUAGAAAAGGGAAGUUUUAAACAUCUGCCUUUUAUUUUGUGUUAAAUGUUCAGAUCUCCUAAAAAGGCAGACACGUGGUUAUUAGAAACAAGCAGCUCAAUGAAUACAUGCUGUUGAUAGUCUAAGCAGGAAAUGAAAUCUUGAGUUUUGUUUCACUUUGUAUAUGUUUAAAAGUUAAAUGCAUUUUGUCUUCAAAUGUUUUAAUUACUUAAGCAUAAGAAGUUUGUAUCUGGUUUUACAAUAAAGUCAAAAGUAAACACA